UUAGUUAGCUCUGUCUGCCAUCCAGGCUGCGCAGUCGAUCACAGUCAGUAGCAGCCUUGGCUGUGCAGUACCUGUUGACGUGGUAACGGCGCCUGUUAUCAAAUCUCCACGUAUCCAUGAGUAAAAGUUAGCGAAAAGCAAGUGCUACUAAAAGCGAGAAGUCAUGCUGGACUUUGCCAUCUUCGCUGUUACGUUUGUCAUCAUCCUGGUGGGCGCUGUUCUCUAUCUGUACCCGUCAUCCAGAAGGGCCUCUGGCAUCCCAGGUCUCAAUCCUACAGAUGAGAAGGAUGGGAACCUGCAGGACAUCGUGAACAAAGGCAGUCUGCACGAGUUCCUCGUCAGUCUCCAUCAGGAGUUUGGGUCUGUGGCGUCGUUCUGGUUCGGCAGCCGGCCGGGGGUCAGCCUGGGCUCUGUGCAGCAGCUACGCCAACACAUCAACCCCAACCACAGCACUGACUCCUUUGAGACGAUGCUGAAGUCGUUGCUAGGUUACCAGUCGGGAAUGGGAGGCGGGGCCUCCGAGACUGUGAUAAGGAAAAAGAUGUACGAGAGCGCCAUCAACAACACGCUGAAGAACAACUUCCCUCUUGUGCUCAAGCUGGUGGAGGAGCUGGUGGAAAAGUGGAAGUCAUUCCCGGAGGAUCAACACACCCCGCUGUGUGCCCACCUGUUAGGUCUGGCCAUGAAGACUGUCACCCAGCUGGCUCUGGGCGAGAGCUUCAGAGAUGAUGCGGAGGUCAUCUCCUUCCGCAAGAACCACAACGCGAUCUGGUCAGAAAUUGGGAAAGGCUACUUGGAUGGCUCCCUUGAGAAAAGCUCCAGCAGGAAAGGACAUUAUGAGAAGGCUCUGUCAGAGAUGGAGUCAGUGCUGCUGUCUGUGGCGAAGGCGAGAAAAGCCCAGAGGAAGCAGACGGUGUUUGUGGACACUCUUCUUCAGUCCAGCCUCACAGAACGACAGAUCAUGGAGGACUGUAUGGUUUUCACUUUGGCUGGAUGCGUCAUCACUGCUAACUUGUGUAUUUGGGCACUUCACUUCCUGUCUGCAUCAGAGGAAGUUCAGGAUAAACUUUACCAGGAGCUGGAUGCAGUUUUGGGUUCGGAUCCAAUUACGUUGGACAAGAUCCCUCAGCUCAGAUACUGCCAGCAGGUCCUCAACGAGACGGUGAGGACUGCCAAGCUGACCCCUGUCGCGGCUCGGCUUCAGGAAGUGGAGGGCAAAGUCGAUCAACACGUCAUCCCCAAAGAGACUUUGGUCAUCUACGCUUUGGGAGUGGUCCUGCAAGACUCUGACACCUGGAGUGCCCCGUACAGGUUUGACCCAGAUCGAUUUGAGGAGGAAUCGGUCAGGAAGAGCUUCUGUCUGCUCGGAUUCUCAGGAAAUCAAACAUGCCCAGAGCUCAGGUUCGCCUACACCGUAGCUACUGUCCUGCUCAGCACGUUGGUGCGGCAGCUAAAGCUUCACCGGUUGAAGGAACAGGUUGUGGAGGUCCGAUCCGAGCUGGUAGCAACACCUAAGGACGAAACCUGGAUCACCGUCAGCAAAAGAAACUAGAACUAGUUCUUAAAACCACUGCAGAGAGAAAAAUGAUACAUUUGUUCAAAUAAUUACCAGCAAAGUAUUUCAUUUUUUAGCAGCCACGUUAACGCCUGCCUUUUUGGGAUUAAACUCUUAAUUUGCAUUCUUCUCAAAGACUCCUUUUUUAGUUUUUUACAACCUUUUGUCCACAAUCAAAGGUUUUUUUUACUGUACAGUAAUCUGAGGCCUUAAGCACUUCAGUACCUGUUCUGUCCUCAGGUCAGAUUUGCACUUGUUGAAAGACUCCAUCUGUUAAAGGUCCAAAAUGUGGCGGUUUAAUAGAUUAAAACAAUUUAUGCUGCCAAAUGUUUUUGUAUAAUUAAUCCCCUGUACAACUUGCCUUGAGUCAAAAUUCCCCAUGCCAUGUGGCUUGUUUGUCUAUUGAUAUAACCCACGUGGUAAUUAGUUUCCCUUUCUUAAACAUCAUACAUAUUAUUAAAUAUGUGUGAGGAUU